CCCAGAAUGAGCAAAUUUACUCAAUAGUACUAUCUCCUCUGUCUCUCUACUGAUAUUAAUUGCACAUAUACUUCACGUUAAUUCAAUCUUAUGUUGCAUUACUAAACGGUGUAUCUUUGAAGUAAUUUUUACAUAAAUCUGUUUUAUUUCCUUCAUAAUUAUUCAUCUUUAGACAAUUUGUGAAACUUGACACCUUCAGGAAUCGUGCGCACACUUGCUUCAAAGUCAUGAAUUCAAUCAUUGCAACAAAAAGGUUACCUCCUGAGCAAACUGUGGUUGAAGGGGAAGGCAUAAUUAGCAAGUUGCAUGAAAGCAUUCUUGGUAAGAUUCUGUCUUUCCUUCCAACUACAGAUGCAGUUCACACUAGUGUGUUAUCAAAAGGGUGGAUUCAUGUUUGGAAAUCCAUCACAGGCCUACAGUUUAAUGAUGCUUUGCACCCUUUGGGGAAAAAGAUGCAAAAAGAACACUUUGUGUGUUUUGUGAAAAAGGUGAUUCUUCACCUAGCCAAUUCAAGCAUCCAAAGUUUCUCUCUUUGUUUAACAUGUUAUCAUUAUGAUUCAACCCUGGUAAGUGCAUGGAUUUCCUCUAUCUUGCAAAGGGGUGUCCAGAAUCUUCAUAUUCAGUAUGCCGAUGAAAUCCUAUUUCCUUCUUGUUCCCUCUUUAGUUGCAAUUCUCUAGUGCAAUUGGUGCUUCAAAUGAAAUGUACUGUUAGUGUUCCAAUCUUUUCUUCUCUCCCAAAUCUUGAAAACCUUAGCAUUUCUGGGAUAAGGUUAGUGAGUGAAUCCUCCAAUUAUUCAGAAGAUCUAAUUCUUAACUUUCCAGUUCUCAAAGUGCUUGAAGCUAGAGGAUGUGAGUGGUUAACUAAGCAGAACAUUGGUAUCAAAGCACCUCUACUGGAAAGGUUUUCCAUAGCAAUAUGGAACUCUCUAUCAAAUAAAUCACAUAAAUCUGCCAUCAAGAUUUUUGCUCCCAAUCUAGCAGAUUUCUCUUAUGGGGGUGAUCUUGAGCAAGAAAUCAUUCUACUGAAUUCAGCAUCAAUUCACAGUGCAUCUGUUGUGAUUGUUGCUGAUGAAGACAAAAUGACCAAUGUUGGAAAACUUGGGUUUCAAGUACACAAGCUUCUUGCACAAAUCCGUGAAGUGAAGCAAUUGAAAUUAUUGUUUUACAAGGUUUUGAUGCAUGCCAGAGAUAUUUUCACCCAUCUACCAGCUUUUAGUAGGUUGAGUUAUCUGCAACUAAAUGAGGUCACUGGUGAAGCUCUGCUCAACAUUCUGAACAAUUGCCCAAUUCUUAGUAGUCUUGUUUUACAAAAUGGAGUAUCAGAAUCAAAUAAAGAUCAUGUCUUGACUUCUGCAUCAGUGCCUCAGUGCUUCCUGUCUAGCCUCAAAGUUUUUCAGUUUAAGGAAUUUAAUGUGCGCGAGCAUGAGCUUCUUUUGGCAAAAUUUGUGUUGGCAAAUGCAGCAGUCUUGGAGCAAAUGAUCAUAUGUACUGCUUUCUGGUUGCGGUAUUCAGAAAUCGACGUGGAGAAAGUCAAGGACCAGAUACUAUCUUUUCCAAAGUGUUCCAACUUAGUCAUGAUACAAUUCUAAUGCAUUAGUCAAAGAGAUAUAUUUGUAAAUUAAAGAAGAUAUAUUGUGUGGAACAGAUACAUUAAUAUUUUAA